GGCGCGGGCUGUGCGGGUGACAAGAUGGCGGCAGAGGCGGUGGAGCUGCACAAGCUGAAGCUGGCGGAGCUGAAGCAGGAGUGCCUGGCCCGCGGCCUGGAGGCGAAGGGCAACAAGCAGGACCUGAUCAACCGGCUGCAGGCUUACCUGGAGGAGCACGCUGAAGAAGAGGCAAAUGAAGAAGAUGUCCUAGGAGAAGAAAUAGAGGAGGAGGAGCAGAAGCCGGUGGAGCCUCCGGUCAAAGCUGAGGAGCCUCCUGUAAACUCGCCUGAUGUGAUCGCGGAGAAGAAGGUGGUGAAGAUCACGUCGGUGAUCUCACAGAUGGAGCGCAUGCAGAAGAGAGCUGAGCGCUUCAACGUACCUGUCAGCCUGGAGAGCAAGAAGGCAGCGCGGGCAGUACGGUUUGGUUUGGCCAUGGUGUCCACUAAAGGCCUCUCCUCAGACAGCAAACCCACGGUAAACAUGGAUAAGUUGAAGGAAAGGGCUCAGAGGUUUGGGUUGAACGUCUCCUCACUCUCCAAGAAGAGUGAAGAGGACGAGAAGCUGAAGAAGAGGAAGGAGCGGUUUGGCAUUGUGACGAGUUCAGCUGGAGCUGGAGCCACAGAGGACACAGAGGCAAAGAAGAGGAAAAGAGCGGAGCGCUUCGGGAUCGUCUGAGCCUUGCACUCUCCUCCUCCUCAACCUUGCUCCCCCUUCCUCACAUUCCCCCACUGUUCUUCAAGGUUUUAGUGAGGAGUAGGCAGGGAAUCCCCCAUAGUUGUUC